UUUCCUCUCCAGACUUACCUUGUCAGCAGUCUCCACUCCCUUGCUAGGAAAACCGAGAAGGAAAGAAUGGCCGUGGAUUUGCUGCCCACUAAGGUGACAGAGUCUGUGACAUUCAGGGACGUGGCCGUGUUCUUCAGCCAGGACGAGUGGCUGCGCCUGGACUCCGCGCAGAGGACCCUGUACCGGGAGGUGAUGCUGGAGAACUACGGCACCCUCGUCUCGCUGGGGAUUCCGUUCUCAAGGCCGAAGGUGAUCUGCCAGUUGCAGGAAGGAGAAGAUCCUUGCCUGGUGGACGGAGAACUCCCUCGGGACGCCUGUCUAGGUCUCAAGACUCGGCUCGAAAUGGAAGCCUUGCCUCCCAGGCAGGGCAUUUCUGGAGAAGAAACAUCUCAGGGAAUAAUAAAGAAAAGAUCCAUUAAGUGUGGUCGCUGGGACACCAAUUUUGGACAAACUUUGGGAUUUGAGAGCAGGACAGAACAGGAGCAACAAAAGAAACCUCUUAGGCAAAUGGUGGCCUCCCACAGAAAAACCAUGAGUGGAGAUGUAAAGGAGACAAGUCUUGAAUUGGGGAAAGGCUUACUUAUAAAUACAAUUCUUGUUACACAGCAGAGUGUUCCUAUAGAAAGGAUACCCAAUAUAUAUUACACCUUUGGGAAAGAUUUUAAACAGAAUUUUGACCUGAUCAGAUGCUUCCAGAUUUACCCAGGAGAAAAACCUCAUAUUUGUCACAAAUGUGGGAAAAGCUUUGCCCAGAGUCUCCAUCUGAUUGAACACCAGAGGAUUCAUACCGGCGAGAAACCCUACAGAUGUGACGAGUGUGGGAAAACCUUUAGCCACAGAUCAUCCCUUCUUGCCCAUCAGAGAAUCCAUACAGGAGAGAAACCUUACAAAUGUAAUGAAUGUGAGAAAGCGUUCAGCAGCAGUUCGACCCUGAUCAAGCAUCUGAGGGUGCACACUGGAGAGAAACCCUAUCACUGCAAGGAAUGUGGGAAAGCCUUCAGCCAGUGUUCAACCCUCACCGUACAUCAGAGAAUUCAUACCGGUGAGAAACUCUAUAAAUGUGCUGAAUGCGAGAAGGCCUUCAAUUGUAGAGCAAAACUUCAUAGACACCAAAGAAUCCACACAGGGGAGAAACCCUAUAAAUGCAGUGAGUGUGGGAAAGGUUACAGCCAGUUUGCAUCCCUGGCUGAGCACCAGAGGUUUCAUACUGGGGAGCAGCUGUGUAAGUGCUUGGAAUGCGGGAGAACCUUCACACGCAUCUCAACCCUUCUCGAACACCAGCGAAUUCAUACCGGCCAGAAACCCUAUCAAUGUAAUGAGUGUGGGAAAACCUUCAACCAGUGUUCCUCCUUCAACGAACAUCGUAAAAUUCACACCGGGGAAAAGCUCUAUACCUGUGGAGAAUGUGGGAAAGCCUUUGGUUGCAAAUCCAACCUGUUCAGGCACCAAAGAAUUCACACCGGAGAGAAGCCCUACCAGUGUAAUGAGUGUGGGAAGGCCUUCAGCCAGUAUUCUUUCCUCACCGAACACGAGAGAAUCCACACCGGCGAGAAACUCUACAAGUGUAUGGAGUGUGGGAAGGCCUACAGUUACAGAUCAAACCUGUGCAGACACAAAAAAGUUCACACGAAGGAAAAACUCUAUAAAUGGAAGGAAUAUGGGAAGCCUUUUAUCUACAGCUCUUCCCUUACUCAGUAUCAGAGAUUUCUUAGAGCAGAUAAGCCCGGUGAAGUUUAA